AGUGUACAAGAGCUGGCGUAUGUCACUGAUAUUAACUCAUUGAUCAUUGUCCUCAAUAACCAAACCGUUAGUUCUUUUUUCUCCAGAAUGGAUAAGGAAGUGAAGUGUAUGGGUCUUGUAAUGAACGAGAACAGGGCGCGUCUUUGCGUCUUGGCUUCCACGUCAUUGUUGACAGUCAAAACUUCGAAUACAUACAUAAUUUCGUCUACAUUAGAACCAGCAACAACACUAAUAACAAUGUCAGCUUUAGAAUCCACCGCAGAAUCGCUAUUUCUAACAGAUCCUACCUUGGCUUGAGUAGCCAAUUGAAACAUUAUUAAAUCUUUACAUUAAUAGGCCUCAAGUUUUUGUAUGAUUUGAAAUCUAGUAAAUCUGAAUUGAAUCGUACACCUCUGAAUAAUGGACUUGGACUGCUGUGCAUUUGCAGCAGUUGCAACUUAUACAAAUAAGUCCAACAUCAUUGAGGGUAUGGGUAGACAGGUGCCGUGGUAUCCGCUAUGUGCGUGUGAAUCUCUGACUUGCACAGAUGAUCUAGAACAUAUUCCUCCAAGGGGCUCUUGUGGAAAAGAAAUUGUCAAAAUAGACGGUGAAAAUAGUAUAUAAAUAUAUAUAGUUCAACUCUCCCAGCUCAUCCAAGGCUCACUUACGUGAGUGAAAGCUAAGAAGAUGUUCUAGAGCUUUUAUGAGAGUCUUCCGUUCCGCGUAUUUAUGCAGAGAAUAAUGACGUUGGAACCUCUUUCUUUUACUGAAAGUGUUUUGGAUCCCUAAAUUUUAGAUUACAGCUUAAAGCUAAAAUAAAAAACUCUACUUAGAAAAUAGUACACAGACUAUUAUAUACGAAUAGUGCGAGACGGCAGACGUAGACGAAGUAGCGGUAGUGGCAGUGGCAGCGGCAGCAACAGAAAAGCAACAACUACUCCAAUGAAGGCGACAAUAACGUAUUCACCGCCUAGCUUGAAUUCGUAUCAAAAUGUUCCUCAUGCAGAAUGCACAACAACAAAAACAAAGACAAAGAUAAAAACAGUAAAAAAUAGAGUAAGAUAUGUGGAAGUGGUAGAAAGCGAUCAGGAGGACGAAAGCAACACAAACAUCAGCCAUAGUGGUUACAGUCACAACGAUCCCAUUGCAAUCGACAGCGACGGCAGGAGACAGCGAUGGAGGCACAAUUAUAGCAACAAUGACAGUGAAACAAGAGGAGUUGCCUCUAGGGGUGACAGCAUGAGUGCGAAUCUGAGAAGCAAUUGCUGUCAACGUGAACAUAAAAAUUAUCGCAAACAUGUGAUGUGCCCGCAACCGAACCAAAGCGGUAAUAGGGACAACGACGACGUGGAGGAAGAUAACCACAAGUUGAUGAUGGUAACGACGUUGCAGCCAACGUCUGUCACAAACGUGCGGGAACGUCGCCAAUUACAAAAUUCACGCGACUAUACCGUAAUUUUAGCGGCGCAAGUCAAGACAUCAACUAGAAGAUUGAAGAGGAUGUGUGAUGAUAUUGUAGCAACAACAGUGCAGCAGCCACAAUUAACAAAUGAGUCAGAAAUUAGUGGUACGGCAAAAUCGACUAUUGAGCAAGGCAUAUGGUAUGAGUCAACAACAAAGAAAGGUGAAAGCGUACCUGCAACAGUAGGCGACUUAAAUGACUCAAAAUCCAGCUCAGAGGAAAGACUGUCGACAUCAGAGAUAUCAACAACAGCGACGUCACCAACAUCCCUGUCACCUUCGUCAGCAUCAUUAUCAUCAUCAGCAUCACCAUCGCCACCGUCAACUUCAACGGUCACCUACACAUCGUCUAACAGCAUAUUGAAGACGAAGCCACCACCACCACCCCCUUGCCUAGCGGAUAAUUUUAGUUUAAGUAAGAAAAGACAAUUAGUUAUGCCAAUUGAAGAGCAGAAUAAUAGUUUAGGAAAUCAAGUUGUUGGUACGCAACCAUUGAAUGAGUUGCCGGUAGUGAAACGACAACAAACAAGCACUGAAAUGACAAAUGCGACAACGCUGCAAAUCCAAGCACAAGCACAAAUACAAAGACGUUGCAGUAGAAUAUUGUCGCGACCCACUUGUACAUCGCUGAGAGUGGGCAUAGAAGAGGCGUUCAAAUUUCUCGCCUCUACAAUCAAUGCUAGGAAAAAUGAAUUGGUGACUGGGGUCGCCCACACAAAGGCGUUGGCGCAUAGUCUUGCUGGGGCUGCUAUAAUAGGAAAUUCACAUACAACGACAACAAGAACAUUACACACAUUAGACUGUAGGUGCUUUAAGGAAAAUAGUGAUAUUUGUAUGGUUGCUGAUAAUAAGUUAGUUGUGGAUGGUGGUGAUGCUGAAACAUAUAGUGGUUUGGGUGCGGAAGAAAGUGUCGGAUGCGGCUUGGCGGUGUAUGACGAUAGACAAGUGGAAGAAAGUCAACCACACCGCUGUCAAAUACAACGAUACAAUUUCCUUUCUGUGUUACCACUUUUGUUUCGGAAGAACGUCUGCUCUUUGGGCGUAACGGAUGUGUCUAAGAAUCUUAUGAUUUUAUCGUUGCUUGUGUUGACUAUAGUUGCGCCGGCACACUGCUGGACAGGACGGUCAGAUGUUCCAACGAAUUGCACUUUUCCCGCACGUUGGGAAGGUUCAUGGUUCCUAUCUGGCUACCAACAGUCCAUACAUAUAAAAGGCUCCCAAUUCAGUUAUCGUGGUAAAUGUGCGGCUUCGGAUGGUAACAAAUAUUUGAUUGUUGACGAGAAAGGAUGUCAUCGGUGCCUGGUUAUCUAUGAAAAACAUAAAAAUGUUCUUCAAUAUAAAGAAAGUGAGUGCGAAGGUGAUAGUAUGUAUAUGCAUCAAACGAAUCCAUCUGCCAUGGCGAUGCGUAGCGUUUUAAAACAAAGCGAACAUAGGGGGGGAGCUCAUCCCAAUUUGAACAACAACAACAACGGGCAUUCAAGACUAUCCUCAUCGGAUCAGUAUAUAAUGAGAUCCUAUGAUGAUAUGAAUGAUUGUAAGCAUUAAUUAAUUUGCGUUUUUUGUUUUGUUCCUAGUUUUCUAGUUAUCGUUAUGUUUUUGGUUUUAUUUUCUAUUUCCCAUUUAUUUUAAAUAUUUAAAGUCACUCUCUAGCUAACUACUACUCAACUAACUAUCUAUCUGUCUGCCACAUUUUAAUAUUGUUUUUUUUCACCAUCAAAAAAAAACAUAACAUUUUUGCAAACGGUUUUUUUUUGUAUAUACAUAUACGAGUAUAUUUUCUGUUCGUAUUUGUGUUACUACAUAUAAUUUGUGAAUUAUGUUUGUUCGGUUAUGUAUUUAUGUUUAAUUUUUAUUAUAUAUUUGGAUAUUUUUCUAUGAUAAUAUUUAUGUUAUUAAUUUUCUGUACAUUUCUGUGUUGUCUCACCCGAUUUUGUUUGUUUUACCUUUUUUUGUGAUAAUUAUAUAAAAAUCUUCUGAUUUAUUGCACCCGUUUUGGCGACGUUUCAUUCUUAGGUUUAAUGCAAAUAGUUUCAGUUUACUAUUAAGCUCAUUUCAUUCAAGCAAUUAUUAAUUGCAUACAUACAUAUUUAUGGGCAUAACGUUAAACGUUUUGAAAAGA